CUCACGUUCCAUAACUGGGGUGGCCAGGCUUUAUUCCAGGGUGGCACCGGCCGCUUUUGGCUUCCUCUUCACCUCCUGUUUUCGGGCUUGAGGAGUGCUGGCCUGGACGCUUGUUUUCCACAGGUGGAGGAAUGUGGAGGAGAAACGGAGCAGCCGAGGCAGAGACACAGUCUGUUCCGUGGACCGAGUGAUAUCCGACUGAAAGUCCCUUCGCUUUUAGCCAGCUGCUCAAAUCACGCGGACGUUUUUUCGGAUUUCGUGGCAGCGUCGACAAAAUGCUGCGUUUCAAAUGCGCGUGGGUUCUUCUGUGUCUCGCGGCUGUCAGAGGCUUUUGGCACCGCUCAGAUGUAUCAGCUGUUAUACAUGGAGGCCUGUCACGCCCAGGUUUCAUCAGAUCUCUCAAGGAAGCCAACAUGAUGUUCGAGUUCUUACUGAGUGGACUUGUGAUUGAUGUGGACAACAACGUUGCCAUGAGGGACCAAGAAAUGGCCUCCACGAGGCAGGGCCGAGCUUUCUUAGCCCUUAUAAAUGAUAACAUCCCCAAGACUGUGCCAGCAAUGGAGGAGCUACUGAUCGCUCUCGAGGAUGAAGAGAAGUCCUUCAGUCAGUCCAGUUUUGAGACCCUCAUCCUGGGGAUCAUCUAUUCAGCCUACCAGGUCCAGAAACAAGAGGUUGAGAGGCAGGAAGUUCAACAGAAAGCUUGGGCAGAUGUCCUUGGGCGCCUGGCAAAUGUUACUUUCGUUCAUCUACGCAGCUACUGACUGCCACAAAUACAGAAAGCAAUCGCAGCUUCCAGGCUAUGUUUUCAGUCCUUCUCCUUUCUAAGUACUCAUGAUACCAUGUGAUUCUGACAUGCAGUAAUGUGUACAAGUUACCUGUUUCUCAGCACCAGGGCUAAAGCAGACAUAUAUUUAACAAAAAGUUGCAGAAGAUUCAUGUUUUUCCGUCUUGUGCUCCAUUCAUCUUCAACGAAAUCUUCAGGGAUACUUUUCCAUGUUCCUGAACACCUCCAAAGUUCAGGCUUAAAAGUUGGUUGCAUUUUCUGUUCCUCAUGAUCCGAGUAAUCCCAGCGCUCUAGUGUUUGGAAGUCCAGUUUCUGUGUUUUAUGUUUCCUGCUUUUUUCUGAUGCUGAGAAAUUAAGAACUUGUACUUCAUGGCUAUUCUGACAGGAAAUCAAACAAAUUUUGCACAAUACUAUAUAUUCCUUAUUCUGAAAUAACUGCCUGUAUACUAAAGAAAAUGAUUCCAGGUUUCUUUUUAUGUAGAAAAGUACCAAGUUUAUUAUAUUCGAAGAGAAAAAAUGUACAAUGCUUUAAUAUGAACAAGAACAAAAUGUUUAACUUUGAAAACUUUUUUUUUUCUCGCAUAAAAACAAAAUGUUGCUGUAUAAGAUUUGUAACACUGCUUUACAGUAAAAUGACCUUUGUAAAUAAAGCAGCGGUGGCCAACUACG